AUGUCUGUGAGGGUUGUCGCAAGGAUACGGCCGUUGCUGGACGGCGAGAUCGAGAAGGAUGUAAUCGUCCGCGCAGACAGCAAGGAUGGCAGCAAGAAGGCAAACAUCGUCAGAAUACCAAACCCAAAGAACGAGUCUGAGGAUUUCAACUUCUCCUUCGGCGGUGUCUACGAUCAAAGCUCUACAACAGUCUCACCUCACUUGAAAGCCCUUUUCCAAGGCCUCGAUGUUACAAUAUUCGCGUACGGAGUCACUGGCACGGGAAAGACAUAUACGAUGCGAGGAGGGCUGAAGCUGGCUGACAGAGGCCUCAUCCCCCGGCUCCUCAGCAAUGUCUUCCGCCGAGGGAAAAAGAUCACCAAGGACUCCAACGGCGCGACCAUAGUCGACGUUACCCUGUCUUACUACGAAAUUUACAACGACAAGGUGUUUGAUCUCCUCCAGCCUCCAGAGAAGCGAACACCUUCCGGGCUGCCUCUGCGUGAAGCCAAUGGCAAGACGAUUGUAGUUGGUCUGUCAGAGCAGUCAUGUGAGGACCUGAAAGAUUUUGAGACGCUAUACAUUGAGGCGAACAACAACCGCAUCACGGCAGCCACGAAGCUGAAUGCCCACAGCAGUCGAAGUCAUGCCAUCUUGCGCGUCAAAGUCACCCAGACGACAGGUGACCAGGUCCUCGAGAGUACCGUGUCUAUGAUCGAUCUAGCAGGAUCAGAAGACAAUCGUCGCACUGAAAACAACCGCGAGCGUCUUGUCGAAUCUGCUGCUAUCAACAAGUCCCUCUUCGUCCUCUCUCAGUGCGUCGAUGCCAUCUCUCGUGGUGACAAGCGAAUUCCCUACCGUGAAUCCAAGAUGACGCGUAUCCUGUCCCUUGGCCAAAAUAAUGGAAUCACUGUCAUGGUCCUGAACCUCGCUCCGGUCCGGAGCUAUCACCUUGAUACCCUAAGCAGCUUGAACGUCAGCUCACGUGCGAAGAGGAUUGAGGUCCGGGAGAUCGAGAACGAAAUCGUUUUCAAGCAGGCGCCGCGGUCCAUGACUUUGAGCGGAACAGGAAUCCAAAGACAGCCUCUGAGGCCACUGACAAAUGUGCACAACGUACAUGCGGGGACGGUCGCCAAGGAGAAGGCAGAAAAGGAAAAGGAGAGGGAAAAGCCAGUCAAAGCGUUCAGUGUCUUUGUCGAUAGCAAGACUUCACUUGCUCGUCCUGUCGCAGCAACACUGUCUUCUCAACCGAGGAACCCACUCUCCAGCAAACGCAAAUCUGACGCCGUUGAUGCGCCUGCCCGCCCGUUAAAAAUGACACGGCCGUCUGCGUUGGCUCGACCUCAACCGACCAUGUCAGCCGCACAAAUCGAAGAAAUGGUUGAGCGCAAAGUACAAGAAGUUUUAGCUUCCAGGGCAGCAGCGGAGUCUCAGCAACAGGAGGAGCGUGCGCCUCCUCCUGUUCAGCCGGCUUCGGCUGAUAUCAGCGAAGCUGUGCAACGGAGACUCGACGCUCUCGAGCGACGAAUUGAAGAUACUCAGGGUGAAGGAGCUGGUGGCAAAUCAGAAGGGAUGCGGCUCCUACUUCAAGCAAGAAAACUCAAAGAGAACGGGGAAGACGAGGCUGCACUGAACUGUUACGAGUCAGCGUUGCGAUUUUUCCCAACGCAACCGAAGCUGCUUGGCAAAAUUGAGAAGUUGAAGUCAAAGAUUGCUGCAAAGCGUGCAAAAGUUGACGCUAGCGAGCAGACCCAGGAACAACAGAAGCCGCCCAACAGCAAGAAGAGGGCUGCAAGCCGCCAGCCUGAAGCAGAGGACGAUGGCGACGAUCCUGCAUACGUCGAUGACGACGCAGGCGCUGAUGCAGAUGAGAGCUACGUGGGCAGUGCUCCUAUUAAAUCGCAACCCAAGUCCAGAGCCAAGGCUUCAUCCACUCCCGAGGUUGAUCCCCUCGCUCGCCUCCCAGCAGACGACCCACGCACGCACCAGCUCCUUGAUAUUGUGAACUCGCGUGAUGUGAACCUGAUCAAGGGCCUCCGCGGCUUCGGGGCAAAGAAGGCACAGAGUCUGGUCGCGCGUAUGAAUGGUAUUGACUAUGGUGGUACUCGCCCAGACCACUUCAGGGUAGACUCGCUGGUUCAACUGAGCGGAGUCUUCGGCAUGGGCGAGAAGGUUGUGGAGAAGGCGUGGGAGGGCCUUGAUGGCUUGGGCCAAAGUGUGUGCUGA